AUGUCCUGUCAUGGUAAAACUGGAGGCAAAGGGUGUGCCAAGGCCAAGAUUUGCUCCUCCAAAGCCUAUCUCCAGCUCCCUGUCGGCUGCAUCCACCAGCUGCUGUGCAAGGGUCGCUUUGCUGGACGUGUCUGGGCUGGAGCCCUCAUCUACUUGGCUGCCGUCCUCGAGUACUUGAAGGCAAGAGCCUCGAGCUGGCCGGCAAUGCAGCCCGGGACAACGCCCACUCGCCACCUGCAACUCUCCAUCCACAACGACCAGGUGUGCAACAAUUUGCUAGGAGGGGUCACCAUAGCCCAGGGUGGGGUCCUGCGCAACAUCCAGGCUGUGCUGCGGCCUAAGAAAACCGGGCACCCCGCGAGGUUUAUGCCUGAAGGGGCGAGAUCAGAAAAAGAUCAAUUUCUUGCUGGGCCAUUUUAA